UCAGAGGAAAAAAAAAAAGGAUGGCAUCUAGAAUAAGUACCAGUUUCACUUUGAUCCCCAAUCAAAAAUACAGACGUAGUAAUCGUCAAGCCAACUCUUUUUCCAACAUCCUUGAUCCAGAUUCUCAACCCUCAUCAACACUGGGAAAUUUUAAAGUAUUGCCAUUGGAAAUAUUCCAAAUAAUCUUAAAAUAUUUGUCAGUGAAAGAUAUCAGCUUGCUAAGCAUGGUGUCCAAAACAGUCAGCCACCAAAUUAUUAAUUAUAUCUCAACCUCAUCAGGAAGCAAAAGACUUUUGCAACAGAACUUUCAUAUCCUUGAGCUGCCUGGCAGGGGACAAGACCCCAAUAUACUGGAGCAUUACAAAUUUCUAGGUCUACUAUUUAAAAGGUGUACGUUGCUGUUGCCUACAAAGGAAAGACUAAAAUACAUUCACAAGAUUCUCGCAGAUGUUUCCUGUUUUAAAUUCAGUGGUUGUGCAGCUCCAAUGGAAUGUUUAGGAUUAGAAUGUUAUGGCAUAUUCUUACAGACAUUAACAGCAGGUUGGGAUGACCUUGAGUGCCAUCGUGUUUUUAACUUCCUAUGUGAACUGACUAAUCUCUCACGCAAGAUGCAGACCGCUGUAUGCAGCAAGCCAGGAAGUGCCCGGAAACUGGAGUUAAGGAUCAGACUGUUCUGUAGGAAUGUCUUACUUGAUCAUUGGACACAUAGAAGUGAUACUGCUUUUUGGCUGACACGUAUAUUAAAACCAUGGCCAAUGGUGAACCAGGCAAGACUAUUAUAUAUCAUCUUUGGACCAGCAUCUUCUCAAGAUGGACAAAUUAUUUGGCAGAAAAUGGUAGAAGAAGCUACAGAUGAAUCCAGUCUAAAAGAUUUGGCUGAUGCCAUUAAAUUACUAUAUGAUACAGGCACCAAAGAAUGGACAGCAGAUGAUAUUAUAAGUCUUGUAGAUGAACUGUCAGUGGUUCCACGUGAGUGGCUUCUUGAAAACAAUGCACGUCUGCUAAUCCUAAGUGGGAACAACAUCUGUUUCACUUUCAUGGCUAGUAAAGCUGUGAAUGGACGAGCCAUUGAGCUGGCACGGCUGAUAGUCUUUUUGGCUUUGGUGUGUGAAAAAGAGCUUUACUGCAUGGAUUGGGUGGUUAAAAUUAUGCAAAAGGUCUGUAAAGUCUUUAGCACUCCAGGGGAAAGAAGUAACUUCCUGCAGAAUGUAGCAAAUGCAUUUGCCUGUCUUAUAAUGGAAAUGCUGCAGACAGUUAUGUCUGGAGACCAUGAUGAAGAUGAUAGAAGUUUUUUGAAUCUGUUCCAUCUUGUUCAUGCUCAAGCUAACUUUCAUAAGGAAGUCCUGUAUUUGACCAUGAAUUCUCUCUGUGCCUAAAUAUUUGCAUUUAGAAAAUACCUCACUGGACCAAUAAUCAGAAGAGUGCUACUUUUCCACACUCAAAGAUCCAAGUGAUGUUUUACUGCUUAUGUAAACUUAAAAAGUCAGAAAGUGCAUAGAAUUUUAGAAACAAUUGUUUAUACCAUUAUUGAUGUAUAAAAAACAAGGACCACAAGCAUAUAUUGAGAUUUCUCUGGAAAACAAGCUGUGCCUCUCCAGAUUCUGGUGAACCUAAUAUUAAAUUAAACGAAUCAUUGCUGUGUCCAGGCAUCUGUCACCACCACUUUUGUCAUUAAAGUAGACAAUAAUCUGGAAGUGCUGAAAUAAUGCUAGAGCCCUACUAGAUUUCCUAUUUUCUUCUCUGAUAAAAACAAACUACUCACAGCACUUCUGGGUUUAUUUUGGGUUUAUUAUUUCUUUUUGUAGUUGUCGUUGUUUUUCCCUAAGCCCUUGACUUAGUCCACUUCUGGAGCUAAUGAUAGAAAGGAACAUUAAAAAAUAUGAAACCUACCUACAAAAGUGAGGUAUAAAUUGUGUGAAAUUCUCAAAUAUUAGGUAAGAGGGGCUCAGCUCAGUAAGAGACUUAACAGGGUCAAAAAACAGUACAUUUUGUGGGGAAAAUAUAAAUUGUGAUAAAAUUUUUCUGUAUUUGAGCACCAAAAUCAUUUACUUUUAUAUUUAAAGGGUCAGAAAUUAACUUCCUUUCUUUGACAAGUGGUCAAAUCAUAAUUCCACCAAUGACAGAGAUUUUUUUUCCUCCCUCUGUAUAUUUAUAUGAUAAAUAUUUAAUAUGUAUUUAUCCUGGUUUCAUUUUCUUCUUCUCAAUUUAAAAGUUUACUCACAAUUUAAUCAUAAAAAUUAAAAUGACACAGAUCAGAAAGCAAGAUAAUACUUUACUUUUUUUCCCCCUCUCUUUUUCCCAUACAUGCUUUUGGAAAAUCCAUUCUACUUAAUAAUCAAAACAAUAAUGACUUCAAGUUGAGACUAUAAGCCCCUCCCAUAAGAUUAUUUGGGAAAAAAGUGAAAGUUGUAAUAUAUACAAUCAAUAUAUUUAAUAUUAUAGUUAAUUAGAUUGUCAGUUUUCAUUUGCAGAGAAUUUUGAGAUUAAACAUUAAUUCCUUGAGUUAUCCUUAUCUUCACAGCAAUUAUUUUCAGAAAGUUUGUAAAAGAAGCAUAUUUAAUUUAAAACAUUUUAAUCUAAGUAUUAAAUUUCAUUACACACUUGAACUGUCAUGAAUACUGCUCUAAUUGUUCUAACUCAUUGUUUUGUUAUUCUGAAUAAUUGUGAGAUUAUUAUCUCAGUCCAGCAAUUUAGAACAAUAAAAAUCUGAUUCAUUCUUGGA